AUGACCUCACCAACGGGCCCAAUGAUCGACAACUCGCUCGACGACAUCUUCGGCUCCUCACCACCGCACGAACCCUCUCGCGCACCGGAACCCGUCUCGAGCAACAAGUCUCAACCGUCCGUCGAGCCCUCCGAACUACCCUUCCUCCGUCGCCAACACGUCACGGCUGGUUAUCGCGACGGCAUCUCGACCUCCAAGGGCGAACAUGUCCAGGAGGGCUUCGAUGCCGGAUUUCCCGUCGGUGCGCAGCUGGGUAUGCGUGCGGGAACGGUCCUGGGGAUUCUAGAGGGUGUGAUGCGAGGAUACGAGAGCCGGGCUGCUUCGGCGGUGAUCAGGAAGAUGCCCGGGAGGACCGGGGCUGGAGGUGCUGCGACAGCAGGGACCAGGAAGAAGAGCGAGGAGGGCCAGGGCCAGGGCCAGGGACAGGGUGGCAAAGAGCUCGACGAGGAGGCGAGACGCGCGAGACGCGAAGAGGUUCUGAAAUUGUAUCAGAGCGCCGUGAAGGCGUUGAAUGUGCAAGGCGUGUUCGGGACCCUGGAGGAAGGUGGCGAGGAUGGAGAGGGGAAACCGAGUCCGGAGACGCAGCUGGCGGGGAAGGGUGAUGGGGUUGUUUCGAAGUGGGAGAAUAGAGUUCACGUCGCGCAUUGGGAGGAGAAUAUGGAUGUUUUGCAGAUGAAGGAGGCCGAUGGUGAGGCCCAGGCCCAAGGUCAGGACGAGGGGGCGGAGGUGGCGGGUGGUCUGAGUUGA